AAAAAAUUUGCCCCCGUAUUUUCCAUCAAAUGAACCCGUCCAAUUAGAAAAUCCAUUGCCCAAGAUCUGGAAUGACCUAUCCGAUCAUCUCUCAGCCAGACGGUCGUACGCUAUAUUGCUCUCCGUUUCCAGCUUCUCUUCUCCUUAGGUCGGACGCCGUUGAUACCACGCCGUUCGCCUAAUAUCCCGAGAAGGCGUCAACAUGCCGCGUAAGGUAAGUUAUGGAGUUGAUUAUGAUGAUGGUUAUGAUGACUAUGAAGAUUAUUACAAUGAUGACUAUGAUGACGUGGAUGAUUAUACACAAGAAAAAGAAGUUGCUUUAGAAUCAAAGGCAAAACAUGGAUCCACUACUACUGGGGUCUGGCAUUGCUCCAUUUGCACAUUUGAUAAUGAUGAUAGCAUGAGUGCAUGCGAUAUAUGCGGGGUCCUACGAAAUCCCUUGAUUAAAGCUUCUUAUGGAAGGAAUACUGAAGCUGGUAGCACAUGUCAAGAUUCUGGAGCUUCCAUACUGGCCAAGUCUCUAUUUUCAUCAAUGCCGCAGAGGAACCCAAAAAAGUCUAUUUUCAUCAAGAGCCAUCUUUAUAAGUCAGAAGAGCCAUUCAAGUUUGAUACUCCAUCUCAAGACGAUAUGUUGUCAGGCACCAGUAACAAAAAUUUGCAGACAAAGGCCCCAUCAGGUAAAGGCGGAAUGAUGACUGGUGCUGGAGCAGAAUCGGCAGCAGAAGGCCCCUUAGUUCCAAUUCCAAGAUCAAGCAAGAGUGAAAUUCAGCAUAGUGGUUCUACGGAGAAUAGUGGCAAGCAAGAUCUUUCAGGAAGUAUAACAAGCUUGUCCAUUUCUUCCAAGUCUCGGAAUAAGAAGGAUGCUAAUGGAGGAACUGCUACAUUAGCAAGUUCAAGAUAUACAGCUGAGAAAGGCAUACAUGACCACAUAGAAGAUAAACUAAGCCAGUUAAAUCUUGCUGUUGUUGGCCAUGUUGAUUCUGGAAAGUCAACACUAUCUGGAAGGUUGCUACACCUUUUAGGUCACAUAUCCCAGAAAGAAAUGCACAAAUAUGAAAAGGAGGCCAAACAAAUGGGAAAGGGGUCCUUUGCUUAUGCUUGGGCAUUAGAUGAGAGUGCUGAAGAAAGAGAAAGGGGAAUCACUAUGAACGUGGCGGUUGCUUUCUUCAGAACUAAAAAUUAUCGCGUCGUUCUGCUUGACUCACCGGGCCAUAGAGAUUUUGUUCCAAACAUGAUAUCUGGGGCAACACAAGCAGAUGCUGCAAUACUAGUGAUAGAUGCUUCAACAGGUGCAUUUGAAACUGGCAUUGAUGCUUCUGGAGGGCAGACAAGGGAGCAUGCACAACUUAUUAAGAGCUUUGGUGUGGAUCAAAUUAUAGUUGCGGUUAACAAAAUGGAUUCUGUACAAUACUCCAAAGACCGGUUUGAUGCAAUUAAAAAGCAGCUUGGUACCUUUCUCCGUGCCUGUAAAUUUAAAGACUCAUCUGUAGUAUGGAUUCCUGUGAGUGCCAUGGAAAACCAAAAUUUGGUUGCAGGUCCUGAUGUGAAUUUUUUAUCCUGGUUUCAGGGCCCAUCUCUAUUGGAUGCAAUCGACUCUCUCAAACCUCUUGCUAGAGAUUUCUCAAAGCCUCUGUUAAUGCCAAUAUGUGAUGUUGUAAAAUCACAGACACAAGGACAGGCAUCAGUAUGUGGGAAAUUGGAGACUGGAUAUCUUCAAACCGGAUUCAAGGUUCGGAUUAUGCCAUCUAGAGAGAUCGCCACAGUGCGUACCUUGGAGCGGGACUUGCAAGUUUGCCCAAGUGCAAAGGCUGGUGACAAUGUGACUGUUAAUCUGCACGGUAUUGAUGGAAACCAAGUGAUGGCUGGGGACGUGCUAUGUCACCUGGAUUAUCCUGUUCCAGUUACAAACCAUUUGGAACUGAAAGUUCUUACUCUAGAUAUCUCAACUCCACUUGUCAUUGGUUCUCAGGUGGAAUUUCAUGUGCACCAUGCAAAGGAGGCUGCAAAAGUUGUGAAGUUAUUGUCAUUGCUUGAUUCAAAGACUGGGAAGGAGACAAAGAAGUCGCCCCGAUGCCUAUCAGCCAGGCAAAGUGCCAUUAUUGAGGUGGCUUUGGAAGGGAUAGUUUGCGUGGAAGAGUAUAUGAACUGUAAAGCUCUUGGGCGGGUCUCUCUAAGAGCAUCUGGAAGAACAAUUGCUCUUGGGCUUGUGACUAGAGUACUAGAAUCGAUGUAAAAUCAUAACUAACCCAAGAGGUACAAUAUUUACGGCAGCUUCACAAUGGGGAAAUAUUUAUGUUUUUUAUCUAUAAUUUGCUUUAUUUAGAACAUUGUCAUGGUCAGGUGGCAGGUUUUGUGAAUACAUUUUUUAGUUGACUAACGGGAAUUUUGGCGAAGUAUCAAGGCACACUCUAAAUGAAUCAG